AUUUCCUGGUUGAGGAGUGAAUGGGGCUGGAGGCGGAUCCGGAGUAAAUAUCUGCCGGGGAAGGGCUUCCCCCCUCCCUCCUCGCCCACCCCUCCAGGCUUGGCUUCUUCACCACCAUGGAGACCCUCAUCCCUGUCAUCAACAAGCUGCAAGAGAUCUUCAAUACGGUGGGGGCCGAAGUCAUCCAGCUGCCCCAGAUUGUCGUGAUUGGCUCACAGAGUAGCGGGAAAAGCUCUGUGCUGGAGAGCAUCGUCGGCCGGGACUUCUUGCCACGUGGCUCGGGCAUCGUCACGCGCCGGCCGCUCAUCCUGCAACUGGUGCACGUCCCAACCCUGGAGGAGAGGAGGCGGGCGGCCAGUGGAGAAAGCGGUGUCCAGGCGGAGGAAUGGGCCACCUUUCUGCACUGCAAACACAAGACCUUCACCGACUUCACCGAGAUUUUGCAGGAGAUCGAAAUCGAGACCGAAAGGACAACCGGGACGAAUAAGGGCAUCAGCCAGGAGCCCCUCUAUCUGAAGAUCUACUCCCCUCACGUGCUCAACUUGACGCUUGUGGACCUGCCAGGGAUUACCAAGGUUCCCGUGGGGGACCAGCCCCCUGACAUUGAGGUCCAGGUCCGGGAUAUGAUCCUUUCCUAUAUUUCCAACCCCAACUGCCUGAUCCUGGCGGUGACCGCUGCCAACACCGACAUGACCACCUCCGAAGCGCUCAAGCUGGCCCGAGACGUGGAUCCUGAUGGGCGGAGAACGCUGGCCGUCAUCACCAAGCUGGACCUGAUGGACGCGGGAACGGACGCCAUGGACAUGCUGAUGGGCCGUGUCAUUCCCGUGAAGCUGGGCAUCAUCGGGGUGGUCAACAGGAGCCAACACGACAUCAACAGCAGCAAGAGCAUCAGCGAGUCCUUGCGAGACGAACAGGGUUUCCUGCAGAAGAGGUACCCGUCGCUCGCCAACCGGAACGGGACACGGUACCUGGCCAAGACCCUGAACAGGCUGCUGAUGCACCACAUCCGGGACUGCCUGCCCGAGCUGAAGACUCGGGUGAACGUGCUGACGGCCCAGUACCAGUCCGUCCUGCAGAGCUACGGGCAGCCCAUCGAGGACAAGAACGCCACCUUGCUGCAGAUCAUCACGAAGUUCGCCACCGAGUACUGCAACACCAUCGAGGGCACAGCCCGCAACAUCGAGACCUCCGAGCUGUGUGGGGGCGCACGGAUGUGCUACAUCUUCCACGAGACCUUCGGCCGUACGCUGGAAUCCAUCGAUCCUCUGGCCGGGCUGACAAUGUUGGAUAUCCUGACGGCCAUCCGCAACGCCACGGGUCCCCGCCCGGCCCUCUUUGUCCCCGAAGUCUCCUUUGAGCUGCUGGUGAGGAGGCAGAUCAAGCGCCUGGAGGAGCCCAGCCUGCGCUGUGUGGAGCUGGUCCACGAGGAGCUGCAGCGCAUCAUUCAACACUGCUCCACGUACAACACGCAGGAGCUGCUCCGCUUCCCCAAACUGCACGAGGCCAUCGUGGAGGUGGUGACGGGGGUCCUUCGCCGGAGGCUGCCCAUCACCAACGAGAUGGUCCACAACCUGGUGGCGAUCGAGCUGGCCUACAUCAACACCAAGCACCCGGACUUCAUCGACACAGCCCUGGUCUCCGCCUCCGUCAGCAGCACCAAGAACGAACCCCUUCCGGAUGGCGCCCGACGGUGGAAGAGCGAGAAGGCAGAGGAGGCCGGCACGGAGGAUAGAUCCAGAGGUGUCCCAAAGACGGUGAUGCACUUCCUGGUGAACUACGUCAAGGACCACCUGCAGAGUGAGCUCGUGGGCCAGCUGUACAAGCCGCAGCUCCUGGACACGCUGCUGACGGAGUCCGAGGACAUGGCCCAGCAGCGCAACGAAGCCGCCAACAUGCUGAAGGCGUUACAGAAAGCCAGCCAGACCAUCUCCGAGAUCCGUGAGACGCAGCUCUGGUGAGCGGCCUCUGACUCUUUGGAAGACUCGUUCAAAGCCACACCACUAUUUCCUCAGCCUGCUUGAGUCUCCGGGGGGGGGGGGAAGGCCAGAGCUUUGGGCUUCUGCACAAACAAGAGCCCUUUUUCUGCGGCUGGAGCCACAGAGUCACUGCCUUGGAACCCUCGCCUGUGCCCCCUCCCCCCUGACCAGUCUUUUGUGCAUAUCGUCCUUGCUGGAUCGCAACUUAUUUAAUGGUGGUGGUACACAGUUCGAAUCCCCCCCCUGCACAUAACUGCUUCCUUCAGUUGCUGGGUUAGGCCCAAUCUUUGUUCGUGACAGUUCCCCCCUCCCCUGGUCCGGGGGGUGGGGUGGGGGCUUCAUGGGUCUGUUCCUCCACCUCCCCAAAUCCUGGGGCAUGUCGUGGAAGUAUGAAAUGUUGUCCGUUACGUCUCUGCCCGAGUCCCUGAACCGAAGCCGGUUUGUGAGAGCGUGUGCGUCCCUCCAGCUGAAUGUUUGUAUAUUUCGUUCCUGUGCAGUGUGGAGAGAGAGGGUGACUGGGUAAAGGCUGCCUGGGUGGGGCCAGAGCGAGAGGGUACAGCGCCGGCCGCCUCCUUCGCACGGGGUUCCUGCUCUCACCCUCACCUAAGAGCCAUGUGCAAUAGCGUCACUGCCUGAUUGUGAAAGGGAAUUGCGCAAUGCUGCCUGGUUGUGAAUGGGAACGGCACAAUUCCCCUGUCUGCAUGCGGGUGCUGGGCUCGGCCUGUGAGUGUCGCAAAAUAAAAUUGU